CCAGGCCCUGUGCCCCUGAAGACAUGGAGUUUGUGUCUGGAUAUCGAGACGAGUUCCUUGAUUUCACUGCCCUCCUCUUUGGCUGGUUCCGAAAGUUCGUGGCAGAGCGUGGGGCUGUGGAGACCAGCCUGGAGGGCCGCUGGCGACAGUUGGAGGCGCAGAUCAGAAGGCUGCCCCAGGACCCUGCCCUUUGGGUGCUCCAUGUCUUGCCCAACCGUAGUGUGGGCAUCAGCUUGGGGCAAGGGGCAGAGCCUGGACCAGGCCUGGGGGCAGGCUGGCUGCUGGGAGAUCAGCCCCCACUCCACCUUCGAGACCUAAGCCCCUAUGUCAGCUUUGUCAGUUUGGAGGAAGGCGAGGAAGGGGAGGAAGAAGAAGAGGAGGAAGAGGAAGAAAAUGGAGAGGAAGAGGGUGCAGGCACAGAGAAGGUAGAACCAGAGGAGGAUGGGGAGCCAGUCCAUACGAGCAGGGAGUCCCCCCAGGAAGCAAAUCUUCCAGGGCAGCCAGAGGAGGCCGAGCAGAAAGAAGGAAGUGGCGAGAAUGGCUGUCAAGAUGAGAGGGCAGAAGACGAAACUGGGCCUAAGAGGAGGAAGGGGCGAAGAAGUGAGGCUGCCCCCCUGCACCUUGCCUGCCUCUUACUGGUGACGGAUGAACAUGGCACCAUCUUGGGCAUUGACCUGCUAAUGGAUGGAGCCCAGAGGAGUGCAGGCAAGGGCUCAUGGACAGAGAACCUGGCUCCUCGGGCCUAUGCUCUCCUCUGCCACAGCAUGGCCUGCCCCAUGGGCUCUGGAGACCCUCGAAAGCCCCGACAGCUUACUGUGGGAGAUGCCCAGCUGCACCGAGAGCUGGAGAAUCUGGUCCCAAGGCUGGGAGUGAAGUUAGCCAAGACCCCAAUGCGGACAUGGGGUCCCCAGCCAGGCUUCACCUUUGCCUCCCUUCGGGCUCGAACCUGCCAUGUUUGUCACAAGCACAGCUUUGAAGUGAAGCUGACACCCUGCCCCCAGUGUAGUGCUGUCUUGUAUUGUGGAGAGGCCUGUCUCCGGGCCGACUGGCGGCGCUGCCCAGACGAUGUGAGCCACAGAUUUUGGUGCCCGAGGCUUGCAGCCUUCAUGGAGCGGACAGGAGAACUGGCAACUCUGCCUUUCACCUACACUGCAGAGGUGACCAGUGAAACUUUCAACAAGGAGGCCUUCCUGGCCUCACGAGGCCUCACUCGUGGCUACUGGACCCAGAUCAGCAUGCUGAUCCCAGGCCCUGGCACCCCCAGGCACCCCCGGGGCAGCACACCCUCCCUCAGCCUUCUUCUCAAUGGAGAUCCCUACCAGCUUCUUCAGGGGGACGGGCCUGUCCUGAUGCCUCCUGUGCCCCCAGAUCCACCCAGGGGCCUCUUUGGCUCGUGGCAGGAUUACUACACAUGGCGGGGCCUCAGCUUGGACUCCCCCAUGGCUGUGCUGCUCACCUACCCGCUGACUGUGUACUACGUCAUCACCCACCUGGUGCCCCAGUCCUCUUCUCACACAGUCCCCGAGCUCAACAUCCAGAACAAACAGUCUCUGAAAAUCCACGUGGUGGAGGCUGGGAAGGAGUUUGACCUUGUCAUGGUGUUCUGGGAGCUCUUGGUCUUGCUCCCCCAUGUGGCCCUGGAACUACAGUUUGUGGGUGAUGGCCUGCCCCCCGAGAGUGACCAGCAGCAUUUUACCCUGCAGAGGGAUGGCCCUGAAGUCUCCGUCCGUCCUGGUUCCGGGGUGUCAGCUCGGCUCAGCUCUGGAACUAAGGAGAAGGGGGGCCGGAGGGACCUGCAGAUCAAAGUGUCUGCUCGGCCCUACCACCUGCUCCAGGGGCCCAAGCCCGACUUGGUUAUUGGAUUUAACUCGGGCUUUGGUCUCAAAGAUACUUGGCUGAGCUCGCUGCCCCGCUUACAGGUGGGCAAAGGGGCAAAAGGGAACUUCUCUCACUUCCUGCCCAGUCCCUCCUCCUCUCCUGAAAGUCUCCACUUCUCCAGCAUCUGUUCCACUGACAGGGGGGGUGGGGAGGGUUGCCUCUUGCCCCUCCUGUGUCUGCGCGCACCUCUCCUCCAUCCCGACCUCGGGGGGCCUCAGUGUGCAACCCAGUCCACUAGCCUGCUCCUGGGGAGGUCCCUGGGGGCAGGAGCCUCUCGGAGUGUCUGAGGCCCGGCCCCCACCCCAGUCCCUCCGAGUGCCCGCCUUCUUCACCGAGAGCAGCGAGUACGGCUGUGUGAUGGACGAACAGACCAUGGCAGUGGCCGCCGGAGGGGG